CCACCGCCCGGGGAGAUGGCGGCGCCGGGUACGGAGGCUUGGACGUGGCUCCUGCGGCCGCCCACCGCCACCGAGCUGCUGCUGGCGGCCCUGUGCUGGCUCGGCUGCUACUGGCUGCUGCUCCGGCGGCCGCGGGCGCUGUCGGGGCUGCCGCCGGGCCCUGCGCCCUGGCCGCUGGUGGGCAACUUCGCCUUCGCCCUGCUGCCGCCGCCGCUGCUGCGCCGCUGGGCGGUGGAGGUGCAGGACGGCGGCCGCGUCUCCCCCGCCUUCUCCCCGCACGUCUUCCUCACCGGCCUCACCAAGAUGUACGGCAGCGUCUUCCGGCUCUUCGUGGGCAGCCGCCCCUUCAUCGUGCUCAACACCUUCGAGGCGGUGCGGGAGGCGCUGGUGGAGAAGGCGGAGGUGUUCAGCGACCGGCCCUCCGUGCCCAUCGUCCUCAUGAUCACCCACAACAAGGGUGUUAUUUUUGCACCAUACGGUCCUGUCUGGAAGCAACAGAGGAAAUUCUCUCUCUCAACACUACGUCAUUUUGGAGUAGGAAGACACAGCUUAGAGCCUAAAAUCAUUGAGGAGCUGAACUUUAUAAAGGAAGAAAUGCUGAAACAUGGGAAGGAUUCAUUUAAUCCCUUUCCAAUCAUUCGCAAUGCAGUGUCCAAUGUUAUCUGUUCCAUGGCCUUUGGCAAGCGUUUCAACUAUGAAGACGUUGAGUUCAAGACGAUGCUGAAGAACAUGGCCCGUGCACUGGAGCUGAGCGUGAACAGCUACAUGAUCCUGGUCAACAUCUGCCCUUGGCUCUACUACCUUCCCUUCGGGCCUUUCCGUGAGCUUCGGCAAACAGAGUUAGAUAUCACUGCUUUUCUGAAGAAAAUAAUUGCACAGCACAGGGACACGCUGGAUGCAGCAAAUCCCAGGGACUUCAUUGAUAUGUACUUCAUCCAUGCGGAAGAGGAAAAGAACAAGGAGAGCAGUUUUAAUGAUGACUACCUAUUUUUUAUCAUUGGCGACCUCUUCAUUGCAGGCACAGAUACUACUUCCAACACGUUACUGUGGUGCCUCCUCUACAUGGCUCUUUACCCAGAAGUACAAGAGAAGGUUCAUGCAGAAGUUGAAGCAGUUCUAGGACAUGACAAAGUCCCCUCGCUUGCUCACAAGGCUCAGAUGCCCUUCACAGAGGCAACCAUUAUGGAAGUGCAGAGGAUGACUGCAGUUGUUCCCCUCUCUAUUCCUCGAAUGGCCUCAGCAACUGCUCUGCUACAGGGAUAUACCAUUCCUAAGGGCAGUGUGAUUGUACCCAACCUGUGGUCAGUACACAGAGAUCCUAACAUUUGGGAGAAACCAGAUGAAUUUCAACCAUCAAGAUUUCUGGAUGAAAAUGGGCAGCUAAUUAAGAAAGAGUCAUUCAUUCCUUUUGGAAUGGGUAAACGUGUGUGCAUGGGAGAGCAGUUGGCAAAAAUGGAGCUGUUCCUGAUUUUCACAAGUCUAAUGCAAAGUUUUACCUUUUUGUACCCUGAAAAUGCUGCAAAACCAUCCAUGGAGGGAAGGUUUGGUCUAACUUUGGCUCCGUGUCCAUUCAACAUAAUAGCUGUGAAGAAAUGAUUUAACAUCAAAAAAGAUUUAGCAAAGAAAUACUGCACUUUUAAUAUCCA